AUGGCGCGCUUGGAAUUAAUAGCUGAACUGAAAGGAAAUACCCUUGCUUCAUGUGGUGGCGAUCAGACCGUGCGACUGUGGGUCUGCUCUUCUCCCGACGAUCCCUCGCAAUGGACAUGCGUAAAUGUAUUAGAGGGGACACAUAAGCAGACGAUAAGAAGCGUCGCCUGGAGUCGAAACAGUCGACAGUUGGCUACUGCAAGUUUUGAUGCUACUACUGGUAUCUGGGAACGCGAUGCUGACGGAGGAGACUAUGAAUGUGUUGCAACACUCGAAGGCCAUGAGAAUGAAACCAAAUCCGUUGCCUGGUCAUCUUCCGGUGCACUCGUUGCAACGUGCGGUCGAGAUAAAAGUGUCUGGAUAUGGGAAGUUGUUUCGGAUAGUGAGUUCGAAUGUUUAAGCGUGUUGCAAGAGCACACACAAGAUGUUAAGAUGGUCGUUUGGCAUCCAACCGAAGACUUAUUAGCAUCGGCCAGUUACGAUGAUACAAUAAAGAUCUGGCGAGAGGAUGACGACGAUUGGUAUUGUUCCGAUACACUGGAAGGUCAUCGGAGCACCGUCUGGGCAAUCGAUUUUGACAAGUCGGGAGACAAUUUAGUUUCCGCCUCUGAUGAUAAAACACUCAAAUUUUGGCGUUGCUAUCGUUCCGACAAUCCCGAGAAUGUAUCUUCAGUCACCUCAUUUUCUGAACCAAAGUGGAAAUGUGUUUGCACACUCUCGGGCUACCAUCGACGCUGUAUUUAUUCAGUCUCCUGGUCUAAAGUCAAUGAUCGUGUUGCUAGUGCUGGUGGUGAUAAUAUAAUUAGGGUAUUUGAGCGCGAUGAGGAAGCGGAGGAGUCUGUUGAGAGUGGGGAUAGUAUGCCAAUUUAUAAAUUAAUCGCGUCUGUCGACAACGCCCAUAGUGUUUCAGACGUUAACUGUGUCCAAUGGUCGCCGGUGGAGAAGUUUGGAGCACUUUUGGCUAGUACGGGUGAUGAUGGAAUUGUUAAGAUUUGGAAGUUCGUCGAAUAG